AUGACAUUGAGUUUCCUCCCCGGUGUGCCUAAUAGUACUCCUCAAGCAGCUUGCCAGCGGUCAUGGAACCAUAAUACCAUAUUGGCAUACUGCUCUGGUAACAAUCUAAUAUUGCUUUCCAAUCGUUCUGAGCGGCUUCAAACAAUAUAUUUGAAUUCAGAUUGUCAUGCUGUCGAUGUUAAUCCUCGUAAUGGUCUCAUUGCUGUUGCUGUUUCUCAGGAAGUGUACAUUUACAAACCGCUGCAUCAAAUCAUGAAGAACCCUAAAUGGGUAUUCUGCUGUAAAGUGUACCAUGAUGAUUCCCGCGUCAACACCUUGCAAUGGGGUAUGGGGAAUGAAUUAGUAUUGGGAUCAGAUUACCUAUCGUUUUGGGAUGUAAAGGAUGUUUUUGGCGAGUACAAACCUAGACUAUUAUGGAGUAAAAGACAACCUUUGCCAGUUUAUCUUUGUUCAAUAACUUCUGAUUCUAAACUCAUAUCUAGUAUGAAUUAUAACGAUAGAACAGUGAAAAUUUGGAGGCGAGUGUCAAUAACAUCGGAUUCAGAUUUCUUUGAUCUGGUUAUUCUCCCUCAUCCAGAUGUUGUGACCACCUUUAGGUGGAAAACAAACGAUCAUCAAUGCAAUAAAGAACAUAUUACGCAUGUCAUUUACACUUUAUGUGCAGAUAGAAAGUUGAGGGUAUGGAUCAGUUUUGAUAUUGACAAUAAGAAGAAUGUUCAGCAGUGGGGAACUGUGGAGAUGUCAAAGUCCAAUAACGAAAGAUUUUGUGUUAUUUUGGAUAGCUGGUUAAUCCAAAAAACCUUGAGAAAAACCAUCAAAGACCAAUCUCAUCAAAGCGAAAUGAUCAAGUAUAUUCUUGAAAAAAAACCUGAAAUUAUUCUAUUUACCACUCCCAGUCUCAAAAUUAGAGUGUUGGCAUUGACUAAUCUUUCAGAUGAUGUACCGAAAAUUAUGUCGGUCAAAGAUCUAUUAAGAACUUCAAUAUCUAAUACUGCAAUGGGAUCAUCUCCAGAGUUCGUACAUUUCCCUGAACCACAGAUUUUUGAUGAUGAUAAAAGCAUAUCUUUUGUUGUUCAUGAUCUUCAUGGAAGCGUAAGGCAUUCAUUGCUACACAUUUCAUCAAUUUUGAAUGGAACAGAAACCAUUGGUAUACUACAGCAUAAAUGGACCGGACACACAAAAUCCAUCCAAAAGGUUUUUAGAAGUAGCUACGGUUCUGCUAUAUUGACAACAUCGAGGUUCCAGGAAAAUUCUAUCUGGGUUCCAUUGAGACUAAAGGACUCGGUUACGUUGUCAAAAAAGGCAAUGCUAAUAUCUGAAUCGCCAAUAAAACAUGCUUUAGUCCACGACAGAGGUAAUCUGGUGGUAACUUUUCUAGAAAACUGCAAAGUGCAACUAUGGGUGUGCUCUUCAAAUGAGAAGAGAGCAAUUCUUAAAAGCACUUUCUCUGCAGAUAAGACGAAGGGGAUCCCAUCUAUUAUGGUCAAUACUUCUGGAAACAAGCCACACAAUGAUCAGCAUUUUUUUGCUUAUGUUUAUCCAGAUGGUAGUUCCCAAGGCUUUGUAUUCACGAAGGAUGACAUGAAACAGAUAGAUAGCAAUUCUAUUGACUUGGAGGGAGAAGAAGAGUUUUAUCUUGUGUCCGCGAUUGAUCCGGUGAGAUAUCAAUUUCAAAGUGACAGAUCAUUGAUUGCCUCAAUUACCAAACUCGGAGUAAUAAGGAUAUAUAAGGCACAGGCUGAUCAGUCGGGUAUAAGGUGGAAGAAGAGUUAUGAAACCAUUACGAAUAUUACUAAUGCUUCGAAAAUUACGGGAUCGUCAAAUGAUAAGAUAUCUGUAAUUGACGAAAAAGGUACGACUAUGACUCUAUGGGAUUUGAGAAGGAGUGUCUUGGAGUACGAAACUACCUUUGAUGACGAGGUUGUUGAUAUUGACUGGACAAGCACUGAAUUUGAACAAAGCAUUGUUGCCAUUGGUUUCGAAAAUUAUGUCAUUCUUUAUACGCAACUAAGAUACGAUUAUACGAACAGAAACCCUGCUUACUUGCCAAUUGAGAAAAUCAACGUUUCACAGCACACUACACAUGCCAUUGGUGACUCCACCUGGUUGAAGAAUGGUUCUAUCAUCAUAGCCACUGGCAACCAAGUUUUCAUAAAGGACAAAAGCCUAGACUUGAAGGACAAAUUUACGUACAGCUCAAUUGGCUCUAGAAAAAUCUUAUCGAAUGAUAUUUUGCAUUUAACUAGUGUAUUGAAUGGUCCAUUGCCAAUAUAUCAUCCACAACUGUUGAUCCAGUCUUUAUUUGCUAAAAAGGUCAACCUCGUAAGAGAAAUUCUCCUAAAGCUUUUCCAUGCGCUGCGCAAGAUGGAAUUCAACUCUGAUGAGAUUCACGAUAUUGGAUCAUCACUGAAAUUAAGUCCUUCCAAGUUUCUUCAUACAAACGAUUCUACGUAUGUGUUUGAUAAUUAUGAAGAACCAUAUAGCACAUUUGAUUCGACUGUAUCGGCUCCACUUAUUGAUCUCCUUUCAAAGACCCCUUUACCCUAUCUCACUCGACAUCAACAGGUGACCCUAAUUUCUGUGAUCGAAGCUGUUCAAGAGAUAAAUUUAAAUGAGAAGGUUGUAGACAUAAAUGGUGUUAGAUUUAUGUUGGGUGUAAAAUUGUACACAUCGCAUAAGAGCACACAGACAAGUGUCAACAUGAGAGAUGUCAGCUGGGCCACUCAUUCCGACAAUAAAGAGAUUCUUUUUUCAAAUCUUUUCAAUAGAUUAAAGAAAUGGGAUAACGUGAAAGAAUUCAAAGUUCCGUAUUGGGCAGGCCAGCAGGAUCUCGUGAAAUGUUUCGAGAAUAUAGCCAAAUUUGAAUUCAACAAUUAUGAUAAAAGAGAUCCAUCAAGAUGUUCAAUCUUCUAUCUGGCACUUAAAAAGAAAAGUAUUUUAAUUGGAUUAUGGCGCAUCAGCUCUGGUCAUCCAGAACAGGCAAAGAUGUUAAAAUUUUUGAACAACGACUUCGCAGAGCCUCGUUGGAGAUCAGCAGCCUUGAAAAACGCAUUUGUCUUACUCAGUAAACACAGAUAUAUGGAUGCAGCGACGUUCUUUUUGUUAGCAGGUUCGUUGAAGGACUCUAUCAACGUGCUCCGAAAACAGCUCAAUGACUUAGAUCUAGCCAUCGGAGUAUGUAGGGUAUAUGAGGGUGACAAUGGACCUAUACUCCAUGAAUUUUUACACAACCAAAUCCUUCCUACCGCAAUUAUUGACAGCGAUAGGUGGACAACUAGUUACGUUUAUUGGAAAAUGCGGAAACAAGAUCUUGCGAUAAAGGCCUUAGUCCAGCCUCCGGUUGAAGUGGAUGACAAUUAUAAAUGGAUAGAGAAAGAUAAAUGUGUCAACAAGUCGUUUCUAGUGGAAGAUCCACUUCUCUUACAAUUAUACUUGCAAUUGAGAGACCGAAAUAUCGAUUAUUACAACGCAGCAUUAGAGGUAAAUGAAAGCUUAGAGUAUGAAAUUAUUAUGCGCGUUGCUACUAUAUACACCCGCAUGGGAUGUGAUUACAUAGCUGUUUCUCUUUUGAAGGAUUGGAAGUUUUUGGAAAGUAAGAAGAUUGAAUCCGAACAGGUUGAAAUCCCUCAAAGUUCCCACUCGAAGUUGACAGAUAACAAGAUUGAAGAGCCGGUCACAACACAAAAGGUACGCCCAAGUCUCUUUGAUAAGUUUGACUCUCAAUUCUCGGAAAAUACGCGAUCUGUAUCCUCGUCCACGAGUGAGUCAAAAAGUAUUCUCAACCCUACUUCUAGGGAUAUAAACUCUUCAAAUGGACACUCAGGUAAAAGUGCAGGCUCUAGUUUCAACAUUCUGGAUUCUUACAGAAGUGACACUCAAAAAGUGACCCCAUCUCAAGUGCCGAAUAUGCUGGACAGUUUCAAGGAAAAUCAAAAAGAUACGAUACAAAAGAAACUUCCCACACAACAAAAGUCCCCAUUGGAUGAUUAUCAGGCAAGUACUAAUAAACCAUUCGUUCCGCAGCAACACUUACAAAAUUCAAAGCCCAAAAAGACAGCGAAGCCUAGAAGUUUAUUAGAUGAUUUUAUAUAA